AUGGCCCUGGCCAACCUCACGUCCUCUCGGGAAUUCCUCCUCCUCGGCCUGAUGGAUGGAACAGACAUCCAUCCGCUGUUGUUCCUGCUUUUCCUUGGUGUCUACCUGCUCAAUGCUCUGGGUAACCUAAGCAUGGUGGUGCUGGUGAGAUCUGACACGGCUCUUCACUCUCCCAUGUACUACUUCUUGGGGCAUCUGAGUCUCGUGGAUGUUUGCUUUACCACUGUCACGGUGCCCAGACUGCUAGCCGGUCUGCUCCACCCAGGCCAGGCAGUGUCUUUCCAGGGAUGCUUUGCCCAGAUGUACUUCUUCGUGGCAUUGGGCAUCACCGAGAGCUACCUGCUGGCAGCUAUGUCCUAUGACCGAGCGGUGGCGGUCUGCCGCCCUCUGCACUACGGUGCUGUCAUGACUUCAGGACGCUGCGCUGCGCUGGUGGCGGCCUCCUGGCUGCUGGCGCACCUGCACUCGCUGCUGCACACGCUGCUCAUCUCCGCGCUCUCCUACCCGCGCUCAGCCCACGUGCGCCACUUCUUUUGUGAUAUGACUGUGAUGCUGAGCUUGGCGAUCUCGGACACGUCUGCCGCAGAGACUGCCAUCUUCUCGGAGGGCCUGGCCGUGGUGCUGACUCCACUGCUCCUCGUGUCCCUCUCCUACGCCCGCAUCCUCGUGGCGGUGCUGGGCGUGCGGUCUGCAGGAGGCCGGCGUCGCGCCUUCUCCACCUGCGGGGCCCACCUGGUCGUGGUGUCCCUGUUCUUCGGCUCAGUCCUCUCUGUCUACUUCCGGCCAUCCUCUGCCUACUCAGCCCGCUAUGACCGCCUGGCCAGCGUGGUCUAUGCAGUCAUCACACCGACCUUGAACCCUUUCAUUUACAGUCUUCGCAACAAAGAGGUCAAGGGCGCCCUGAGAAAGGGGCUCCGAUGGAGGGCUGCGCCCCAGGAAGUGUGA